UUUUGGGAAAUCGGAACGAACGACAACCGUCGGUUUUUCAGGUCAUGAUUUCCUGCUUGACUCAUGAUAACGACAACAAAACAGGAGCCAAGUGUAAACAGGACUCUCAUCAAUGUAGCGUGGAUCUAUUGUUUUAAAAAUAGAUGAUAUAGCGGUUUGAAAAAAACAAGUGCAACUGCCAGGGGAAAACAACAAAAAGAAGAUGACUUUGGCAAUGUUAUUAAGCUUGUUGCUGUUGCUAGUAGAUGUUGCAUGGACAAACACUUGUCCCGCCAAGUGUUUUUGCAACAGGGUACUUACUUCAGUCAACUGUGACGGUAAAAGGUUAAUGGAAAUACCAACUGGUCUACCAAAAUCAGUUCAAAAACUUUAUCUGCGCUUCAACGAAAUUGCGAACUUGGAGCCAAAUUCACUAUGUGGUCUUCCUGAAUUGCAGGAACUUUACCUACAGAAUAAUAAACUGUCUAUACUAAAGAGUUGGACAUUCAAUGGCACCAGUUUACCGAAUCUAAAAGUGAUACGACUUGACAACAAUCGCAUCAGUUCUUUGGAAGAAAAUGCAUUUUUCAAUUUGACAAGUCUAAAUUUGACCUAUUUUACUAAUAACUAUAUCACAUUCAUUCAUCCACGGUCAUUUGUUGAAUGUUUAAAGAUGUCAUUUUUGCAUUUAGGACAAAACUAUUUAGAUCACAUUCCAGCAAUAUCAUUACUACCUGGACUACAACAAUUUAGCAUACAGGGAAAUAAAGUCAAGAACGCAACAUUUCCUGAUACUUACGAGAAUUCAAAAGAGCUUGCAACAAUUGGUCUAAGUUCAAAUCUGAUAGAAAAUCUCACUAAAGAAACUUUUCAAAACCUGCAAAAUUGUCCCGUCAGAAAAUUGGAACUAUCCAGAAAUAAAAUAACUUACAUUUCCAAGGAAGCAUUUCUGCCGUUGACAAAACUUGUGUCUCUCACAAUAAGCUCAAACCCUUUAACGGCAUCAAAACUACAAAUUGGAUUAGAAGGUCUCAAGUCCUCAUCGCUGAGCUCACUUAAUAUAGCAAGACUGCAGCUUGGAGGUCAAUUGCCCUCGUCCACAUUUGCACUUCUAAAUGGAACAUUACUGAAGCAAUUGCUUAUGAGUGAUAACAUAAUCAACCAACUACCUAGUCGUGCCUUUGCUAGUUUAAGGAGGCUAGAACAGAUCGAUCUGAAGGGUUGCAAGAUUCAGACUAUCGCCAACGACACCUUCGCCGGUCUUGAUACUCUCACCAAUUUGAACCUGGAAAACAACCUUUUAAACAAAGUUCCAACAAAUCUUCCAUCAACGCUUAAUAUACUGUAUCUGAAUAGGAAUCAAAUCAUUGCUCUUGGUGAAAAUGCAUUUGUUAAUCUAGUGUCGUUGAAAAACCUCUAUUUGGAUUCCAACAAAAUUUCUGAGGUUAACAAAUUAGCAUUCAACGGUUUAGUCCGCCUACAAAAGCUACAUCUCGUUUCCAAUAGCAUAAGUAGUCUAGCCGCAGAACUGUUUGCUCCAUUCGGACAACUAAUAUCCCUGGACUUGAGCAAUAACAAUUUAAAAGCUAUUCAAAAUUCGCCAGACAUUUUCUCAUCCAUGACGUCCUUAACGUCUCUCUCGCUUGCUGAAAACGGGUGUAGUUCUCUGCCGUUACAGUCAUUUAACCAUUUGCAGUCAUUAAAACAUUUAAAAUUUGAUGACAACAAUCUUGAAGGUCUAAUUGGAAGUGACAAUAUUGGAACUUUGUUUGCUGGAUUACACAAACUAGAAACACUUAGUCUUUCAAAAAAUUUUCUACAUAACCUACCGACUUCGAUUUUUAGGGAUCUUAGUUCUUUACAGACGUUAACAAUGAAGAGCAAUAGAAUUUCUGGUUGGAACAAUGGUUUAUUCAAACAAACGUCUGCGCUUAGAAGUCUUGAUCUUAGCGAUAAUUCCAUAUCGUUGGUGAAUUCAUCUUCCCUGGCAGAUCUCUCCCAAAACAGUAAUUUUCAAAUGCUGAAUCUGAGUAACAAUCCCUUAGCAUGCACUUGCGACCUUCGAUGGUUUAGGGAUUGGGUAAACCAAACUAGAGUAAACAUUGCAAAUGUCGAUAAUUACGUGUGCAAUUCUCCGAAUGUAUGGAAAGGAAAACCUUUCCUGUCAUUUGAUAGAACCAAAAUUAACUGCGUUUGGUUUAACCUGUAUUUUGUGGUCGGGGUUAGCGUAGCGUCUGGUCUUACAGUACUUGUCUUCUGCGUCAUUAUCUACAAGAAGCGAUGGUGGAUUCUUUACCGAUGUUACCGUCUGAAAAACUGUUGUGUGGUCAGUGAAGCUCGCUAUCAGCCAAUAAAUUAUCAGGAUGGACAUGAAUUAGUAUUUGACGCGUACAUAUCGUAUGCAGAUGACGAUUACAAAUGGGUCCUUGAACAGCUACUGCCCGAUAUAGACUCUGGAGAAUUGUCACCGGGAGAACCAUUCAAAGGGGAAUUCAAGUUAUAUUUUCACGAUAGGGACUCUGUCCCUGGAAGCAGUAUGAUUUCCAGUAUCUCCGACAACAUUGAAAUGAGCAGAAAAGUCAUCAUCGUUUUGACAGAAAAAUAUCUCUCCAGUGCUCGGCACAAAUUCGAAAUUGAUCUUGCUGUAAUGUUAAAAUCACAAGGUGUCAUCGACGAUAUUAUUGUCAUUAAUGUUUGUGGUGUUUCGUUUGCAUGCAUUCCAAAAUCGCUGCAAAGAAAAGUGUCUAAAGAUGAGUUUUUGCUCUGGAAAGAUGAUGUGGAUGCCAUUUGGUUAUUUAAACAAAGACUAAAAGCAGAACUUAAACAUAUGAAAGACGUGACUGAGGUCAUAGCUUAACUGUCUGUUUAAUGAGAGCAUUUACCUUAUCUAGGUGUUUGUCAAAGAUAUGCCUUUAUGUGUACCUACUGUGUGUUUUAAAUAUCAUGUUGUUAAAAAUAAUUGCUGUAUGAAGGGUUAUUUUUUUCCCAUGUAAUUUCGCCCAUCUACACUUGCAAACAGUUUCGCCCCUCCUUAAAUUCGCCACAUGCAGUUGUGUUUUAAGAGAGAUAAUUUGAUACAUUCACAUUCGCCCAGCCCUAAAUUCGCCCGAUGACAACGAGGGCGAAAGGGGAGAGGAAAAACCAGAAACCCUGUAUACAGCACUAUUUCUUUUAUAGCUGGUUUUCCAUUUUUUAUCAUUAUCCAUUAUUAAAUAGAAAAUACAAUAAAAUUUAGGGUUU